AUGAACUUCGGAGGGAUGCGCCCCCCUAAGGGCGACAACGACAAGUUCUACAACGUCCUCGGCGUGAGCAAGUCCGCCGGUCCGGACGAGAUCAAAAAGGCGUACCGCAAGGCGGCCAUCAAGAAUCACCCGGACAAGGGCGGCGACGAAGCCAAGUUCAAAGAGGUCACCGCCGCGUACGAAGUCCUCUCCGACCCCGAGAAGAGGGAGAUCUACGACCAGUACGGCGAGGAGGGCCUGAAGGAUGGCGGCGGCGGCGGCGGCGGAUCGCCGUUUGACAUCUUCGAGGCGAUGUUCGGCGGCGGCGGGAACCCGUUCGGCGGCGGCGGCCGCGGCGGGGGCCGGCAGCGACAGCGGAAGGGCGAGGACGUCGUCCACGCGCUGAAGGUCAACCUCGAGGAUCUGUACAACGGCAUCACGAAGAAGCUCUCGCUCGCGAAGAACGUGUUGUGCCCCAAGUGCGACGGCAAAGGAAGCAAAUCCGGCGCGAGCGGGCACUGCGGGACGUGCAAAGGCAGCGGCGUGCGCGUCGUCGUUCGUCAGAUCGCGCCCGGGAUGGUGCAACAGAUGCAGACCGUGUGUAACGAGUGCAAGGGCAGCGGGCAGGUCAUCUCCGAGAAGGACAAGUGCGGGCAGUGCCGCGGCGCGAAGGUGGUCCAAGAGAAGAAAGUUCUCGAGGUGCACAUCGAAAAAGGCAUGGUGAACAACCAGAAGAUCGUGUUCCAGGGCGAGGCGGACGAAGCCCCCGGGACCAUCCCCGGCGAUAUCGUGUUCGUCGUUCAGGAGAAAGAGCACGCGACGUUCAAGCGCAAAGGUACGGACUUGUUCCUCGAGAAGACGCUCUCUCUCGUCGAAGCGUUGUGCGGGUUUAGCAUGACGGUGACGCAUCUGGACAAGCGCGAGCUCGUGAUCGCGACCAACGAGGGCGACGUCGUGAAGCCGAACUCGUUCAAGGCGGUGUUCGACGAGGGGAUGCCGAUGCACGGAAGGCCGUUCCAGAAGGGCAAGCUGUUCGUGCACUUCACCGUGAAGUUCCCCGAGCCCGGAGACCUCGGCGACGACGAGAUGAAGACGCUCGAAAAGAUUCUUCCGAAGCGCAUCAACCCGCCGGUGAUGGUCACGGACGCGCACGAGGAGUGCACGAUGCACGACGUCGACAUGGAGUCCGAGAUGCGACGCAACAAGCAGCAGCAGCGGGACGCUACGAUGGAUGACGACGACGAGGAUCCGUCCGGGCAGCGGGUGCAGUGCGCGCAGCAGUGAGCGAGAGAGAAGAAGAGAGGCGGCGGCGGCCAGAAGGGUUUAGGGCCUAAAAAAAACCCCUGGCGCGCCGGGGGUUGAGUUGUUUUCACGACGCGCGCACGCGGGGCUGUCCCGACUGACGAUCACGCACGACGGGAUGAUAAGGGACGGCGCCGUCUGAUAAAUAUUCGAAAUGCUACGAUUCUUUCU